UAUGCACCUUUCACAUUGCUUUGUAGACCGCCAAUAAAAGUAAAGAAGAGAAGAAACCACGGAAGCACAUGGUAACCAGAGUGGAAAAUGUGUCGCCUCAACUCAACUGGAUAUUUACAAUUUUCUUUUGUUUUAAUCUCCAGAUAUUAGUACUGGCGUUGAAACGUGUUGCUUGGUUAUCAUUCCUCUCCUGCUUUGUUUGCUAACGUGUAGCAAACAAGUAAUUUUUCAAUCAUGGUGCGAGCUAAAAGGGCUGUGAAGAUACAAAGGCCAAAGAAGACAGAGCGAUAUGAUGAAGAUGACCCUGAAGCCUACAAGAACAUGCCUGUCCCUGAUAAGAAAUCGUCACAGUACUCUAAGGACAACAUCGAUGAGUUUCAUGAUGAGAAGAUUGCAAAACUUCUCGCCAGCGGUGUUCAAAUGGAGAGCGACCAGGAGGAACUGGAUGAUGAGGAGGAAGUGAUGGCCCUAGAUGAUUCGGAGUCAGAGGAGGAGGAGGAGGAGGAGGAGGAGGAAGAAGAAGAAGAAGAAGAAGAGGGGACAGACAUGGAGAGUGAUUUAGAGGGGAAAAAAGAAGAAGAUCUUCCCAAUGAAAUGGCAUGGGGCACCAAGAAGAAGAUGUUCUAUGACUCUGACUAUGUGACCACCAAGGGGAAAUCGCAAGACGAGUUGGAAGCCGAGGAACAAGAGGAAGAAGAAGAGGCCAGAAAUAUCCAAAAACGUUUAGCUGCAAAUCUGAGCGAGGAGGAUUAUGAUUUAAACUUUUUUCAGGAAUUUGCUGUGGAGGGGAAGGAUGAAAACAAGACUGUGGAAAAAAAAGAGAGGAUUGUGAAAGACCUGAAGCAGAUGUCCCAGAAAGAAAAAAUGAAACUUUUGAAAAAGGAGUCACCAGAGCUGCUUGACCUCAUUCAGGACUUCAAGGCAAAGCUUAAUGAACUAAAAGAUGAGCUGCAGCCCCUCGUACAGAUGGUCAAGGACGGAAAGAUCCCACCAGGAAAGGGCGCUGACUACCUCAAGACAAAACAGCAACUGUAUCUCAAUUACUGCACAAACAUCAGUUUCUACUUGGUGCUGAAAGCAAAACGAAUCCCUGUUCAUAACCAUCCAGUGAUUGAAAGACUGCUCACCUACAGAAAUCUCAUCAAUGAACUAGGUUCAGUAGAUGCUCGGCUUUCACCUCAGUUUCGCAAACUGCUAGCUGGUGAGGAGAAGGAUAAGGCCAGCAGACCAGCAGAGGGAAAGAAAACCAGAGUCUCCAGUAAGAAGGAAAAGGAUUCUGGAGAAACUAUGCUUGAGGUUGAGGAGGACUCGGACUCUGAUCUGGAUGAGGAAGCGGCUCUGCGUUUCUACAGAGAUGUGGAGGAGCGGUUGAAAUUGAAGAGAAAGGGCAAUGACACGGAAGCUGAAGAGUUGGUAGAGAAUGAAGAUGAGGAGGAAGAUCCAGAUGCUAAAAGAGGAAUCACUUACCAGAUGGCCAAGAACAAGGGGCUCACACCAAAGAGGAAGAAAAUUGACCGUAAUCCCAGAGUCAAGCACAGAGAGAAGUUCAGACGGGCCAAAAUCCGCAGAAAGGGCCAGGUGCGUGAGGUGCGUCGGGAGGACACAAGAUACAGUGGAGAGCUGUCUGGUAUUCGUGCUGGUGUCAAGAAAAGCAUCAAACUUAAGUAACCAAGAGAGAAUUCAAAAUAUGCUGCCAAGUGAAGCCAUGGGGUUGAAAAAUUACCAAUCGACUGUACUUGUAAAUGUUUAUUAUAGGUGUGUAGUAAAGCAUGCCACUGAAUUAUUCAUUUACUGUUGUAGAAAAAGACAUCAAAAUAUUUUUUUCUGUUCUAGAUCAUUGCAUGUGAAUAAACAUUCAAUAAACUUUCAA